UAGGUAACUAUAAUUUGAGAGGACUAUUGUGCACUAGAGUGUAGCAUUUGGGCGAUAUAAUAGUGGCCUUUAUUUCCCAAACUUUUAAGUGGGGAUUGAAUUAAUUGAAGGAUAUGAAUUGAGUGGAUUGUGGGGUUGAGAUUUGACUUGAGAUGGCUGCUAUUGGAUUGAGAUAUUCGGGUAUUGGCUUGGCAUUUUUGCUUCUUCAGCUAACAAAUUGGCGAGAAUUAAAAUUAACUCACUGUUAGCUUUUAUUCUUUUGCUGCCCCUUCCGUGCCCAACGCACCGCGCCGCUCUGCACAGACUGAUUUCAUUUUUGACAAAGACCGAAAUCUAAAUCCACCAUUAAAAAAGUAAAAGCUUCUAAUGUUCACCUUCCUAUAAAUUCAACUACAGUCUGCCCUCGUAAACCCAUCUCUGCUUCUCCUUUUGUUUUGGGGAUUUCAAAUGGAAUCAACAAAUGGAUUAGUAACGGAUGCAGAAAUCAAGUCGUUUUUUGAUUCUGCUCCUCCACUACGAGACAGUGCCGGUAUCACCAACAAAUUGAAGGAAUUCAUUCAGCUCAAUUCUGCCCCACAAGGAAAUGCAAGUCCUAGGAGGGUCGUGUGUGUGACUUCGGGUGGUACCACUGUUCCCCUGGAACAGCGUUGUGUUCGUUAUAUUGAUAAUUUUAGCUCAGGUCAUAGAGGAUCCACGUCCACCGAGUAUUUCAUCAAGGCUGGAUAUGCAGUUAUAUUUUUAUACAGGAGGGGAACUUGCCAGCCAUACUGCCGAUCUCUUCCUGAGGAUCCGCUGCUAGAGUGUUUUGAGUUCACUAAUGGCUCCAAUGUUCAAGUGCGGCAAUCAUAUUCUGAAGCAGUGAAGAGAGCCAUUAAUGACCAUCAUGCUGCUAUAGCUGCAGGUCACCUGUUAAAACUUCCUUUUACAACCAUAUUUGAAUAUCUUCAGAUGUUACAAAUGAUUGCAAUAUCAAUGAGGGAUCUUGGGCCACAUGCUAUGUUUUAUCUUGCUGCUGCAGUGUCUGACUUUUAUGUCCCUUGGAAAGAUAUGGCAGAGCACAAGAUUCAAUCAGCAUCUGGCCCUCUGGACAUGCGACUUGUGCAAGUUCCGAAAAUGCUUUCAGUAUUGAGGAAAGAAUGGGCUCCCAUGGCCUUCUGCAUAUCAUUCAAGCUGGAGACAGAUACAAAGAUUCUUUUGGAGAAGGCUGAUAUGGCACUUAAAAAGUACAAGAUGCACAUGGUUAUUGCAAAUGAGCUCUUGACCCGCAAAGAAGAGGUUACAGUUGUUACAGCUGACAAAAAGAUUCCAGUCCGCCGGGACAAGACUCAGGCUGGUUCUGAUGUGGAAAAGCCACUGAUUGAACUACUUGUGGAAAAGCAUUCAGCUCACAUCAAGGAUGCAGAUAAGUGAUACGGCGCUAAGAGCAUCAUGUGGGUGAUAACCCGACACAUACAACUUAAUUUUCUGCCAAUACCGGAUGAAUAUCGUUGGCAUUCUUUUUUUUCCUUUUAUUAUCAUUUUUUUCUUUGAACUAAGAGCAGUUCUUAAUAUCACCACACCUGGGCGCCGGCAAUUAAACCUCUCUGUAUCGUGCAACUAAUAACCUUGCAGAAGGGAGCAAAGGGAAAUAACUGUAACCCUUCUACCUCUUUACAGUUUAGAGAGAAAAGCUGAAUAAAUAAUAGUCACAAUGAAUGCAUACGUAUUCUGAUUAAAA